AUACGGCGUUUCCUUCGAUACAACACUUCACUGAACCACUGCACAGCACCUUGUGUCCUUGUCUCUAAUCGCUAAUCAGAGACCACUGUUAAUGAUGGCUUCCGCCGAGCCCAGGAAGAAGAGCAACGUCAAGUAUGCCUCCAUGUGUGCCAUCCUCGCCUCCAUGGCCGUCAUCAUCGUUGGAUAUGACAUCGGAGUGAUGAGUGGAGCAGCAAUAUACAUCAAGAAGGACCUGAAUAUCACGGACGUGCAGCUGGAGAUAGUGAUGGGCAUCUUGAACAUUUACUCGCUCAUCGGUUCCUUUGCGGCAGGGCGGACGUCCGACUGGAUUGGGCGCCGCUUCACUGUGGUCUUCGCCGCUGUCAUCUUCUUCGCCGGCUCGCUGCUCAUGGGUUUCGCCGUCAACUACGCCAUGCUCAUGGCUGGCCGGUUCGUGGCUGGCGUCGGGGUGGGCUACGCGAUCAUGAUCGCGCCCGUUUACACCGCCGAGAUCUCGCCGGCUGCAGUCCGCGGCUUCCUGACGUCCUUCCCGGAAGUGUUCAUCAACGUCGGUAUCCUGCUCGGUUACGUGUCCAACUUCGCGUUCGCUCGCCUUCCCCUCUACCUCGGCUGGCGCGUCAUGCUCGGCAUCGGCGCGGCGCCGUCCGCCCUGCUCGCGCUCAUGGUGUUCGUCAUGCCCGAAUCACCUAGGUGGCUCGUCAUGAAGGGCCGCCUCGCGGACGCCAGAGCGGUGCUGGAGAAGACCUCCGAGACGCCAGAGGAGGCCGCGGAACGCCUAGCCGACAUCAAGGCUGCGGCAGGGAUUCCGAUGGACCUCGACGGAGACGUGGUCUCCCUACCCAAGGAGCGAAACGGCGGCGAGAAGCAGGUGUGGAGGGAGCUCAUCUUAUCCCCAACCCCGGCCAUCCGACGCAUACUGCUCUCGGCCGUCGGCCUCCACUUCUUCCAGCAGGCUUCUGGCAUCGACUCCGUCGUCCUGUACAGCCCGCGCGUGUUCAAGAGCGCCGGAAUCACCGACGACAACAAGCUCCUGGGCACCACCUGCGCGGUGGGCGUCACCAAGACGCUCUUCAUCCUGGUGGCCACGUUCCUGCUGGACCGCGCGGGGCGUCGGCCUCUGCUGCUGACCAGCACGGGUGGGAUGAUCGUCUCGCUCGUCGGCCUCGGGACGGGGCUCACCGUCGUGGGGCAUCACCCGGACGCCAAGAUCCCGUGGGCCGUCGCCCUGUGCAUCCUGUCCGUCCUGGCCUACGUGUCGUUCUUCUCGAUAGGGCUCGGCCCCAUCGCAGGUGUGUACACCUCGGAGAUCUUCCCGCUGCGGGUGCGCGCGCUGGGCUUCGCGGUCGGCGUGGCCAGUAACCGCGUCACCAGCGGCGUGAUCUCCAUGACAUUCCUGUCACUCUCGAAGGCCAUCACCAUCGGCGGCAGCUUCUUCCUCUACUCUGGCAUCGCCGCGCUUGCGUGGGUUUUCUUCUUCACCUACCUCCCGGAGACUCGAGGUCGGACGUUGGAGGAGAUGGGCAAGCUGUUCGGCAUGGAAGACACGGACAUGGCUGAAAUAGAAAACACCGCUGCUAAAGAGAAGGUAGUGGAAAUGCCCACGAGCUAGAAGGAAACCAAGGAACAGCUGCCGCAGCUUCAGUCUCACAGAGCCGAGCUAUUCGCUUUCUCAGGUGCCGUGUGCUGCUGCAGCCUGCUGCACGUAGGACAGUCCGACGGUGACGGCGAGGCCCUAUUAGAAUAUACGUUUUCAUGUACAAGAUAUGCCGUGUAGAUUAUAAACGGCAUAUCUUUCCUUACUUGUAGAGAAGGUUGUUUGAUAGAUAUUCUUGAUAGGUUGUUGUAAUCCUAACUUGAUGUACAAGCCAUGCUGAGGGCUGUUCUCAGAUUAUAUAAACAUGCAACCGA